AUGAGGACACUUACGUCACCAUAUAGUUAUCCACCUAUCAUCAACUGGAUCAAGUCUCUACAAGAAGUGAGCGUAGCGGGAGCGACAGGUGCGGUCUUUGAGAGCCGUGAGCAGGCAGCAAGCCUUGCUCUUUUUGCCCUGGCCAUUUGGGUGGCAGUGGAUGGAUAUGAGCUGUAUCCAAUAUCGGGGGUCUCAGGGAAGGAUGAUAUCUUUGCUGGGGCUUGGAUAGCCAUUUUCACAGGCUUUGCCUUCUUCUGCACCACUGUAUUUGGCAUCUUGGCUGUGGUAAAGCAUAGCCGUCUCCUCGUCCUACUGUACCUGAUAUUGAUGUUUAUAAUCUUCAUCUUCGAAUGUGCUUCCUGCAUCACAGCAGCCACCCACAGAGACUAUCUGGUGGGUAACAGCAACCUGGUGAAGAAGCAGAUGCUAAAAUAUUAUGCCGAUGACAGUUUUGCGGGGCAACAGAUCACAGCGACCUGGAACAGGGUGAUGCGUGAGGUUGGAUGUUGCGGAGCAGACAGUCCACAGGACUGGAUAGACUACAACUCCACGUUCCGGACGGAGUUUGGCACAGAGUACCCCUGGCCCCAGCAGUGCUGCAAGAGACUCAGCAACCAUGAGGUGGCAGAUGUGGAGGGCUGCAAGAUAGGGUUGAACAGCACCCUGUUCUCCAAGGGCUGCUUUGAUCACAUCGAGUCGGUGUUCAGUCUGUACACGUGGUCUGUGAGUUGGUAUGGCUUCUCUGUCCUCAUGUUCAUGUUCUGGCUCAUGCUGUUGACCAUGGUGUACUACCUAAAGAUUUGAAGAAAGGGGAUUUCUUCUGCAGCCACGGAGCAUGGGAUGAUUACCAUGUUACAGUUUGUCUUCAUAUGUUUAUCUCUUGUUAUGGAAUAGUAUGGCAAUGGCUUUAUAUUUGUCGGUUUACUUGUAUUUGUAUUAUUUACGCCUAAAAACGAACCUGCCUAAGAACAAUAUGACCUUUAUUUCAGCUUUGCUUUACCAGAUGUCAUUUCUGUUCUGAAUAUUUAAAAUAAUAUUUCGGCCUAUAUUUUACAGUUUGCCCACUUAAUUUGAGCAUUCCAUUAUUGAAUGAAUAAUAUAUUUGUAUGUAUUAAAAUUUCUAUGGAACUUUUAAAUACAUGUCUGAAAAUGUCUUGACAUGUUUUAUAACUUGAAUUCCAUUAAAAUAGUCUGUUUUUUCUGUGACACACCCAGCACGUAGAACCGUUACUACACACCUUGUUUGUGACCACGGAACGGUGUCUUGACUUGCGGAGAGCCGAAUGAUGUUUGUUUUCAUGGGCUACUUUGGGGUGUACACAGAUCUGCCAGCUGGAACUGGACAAUCGGGUUAAACAACUGGGUGUUGGAUAAAAUCCCAUCCACUCAAAUUACAGCAGAUAAUGGAGGAUAGAGUUGAAACCGUGUCACUUCACGGGAUAAAGGGAUUUAGCAGCACACCUACAAAGUAGACAGGAAAUGAAGAAAAGGACUUUAGCUGAAAAAUGGUGAAAAACAUAAUUUGAACAUCAGUCACAAUGUCAGUCCUGCUUGUUUGUCCUUCAGCUACUGUUUCUGAGGAUAAAAGAAUCCUGGGAAACUGAUGAUACUGUGAUGCAUUAGACAAUGUGUA